ACAUGCGUGUCGGAGGGAAGCAAUGGCCGAGUGGAUGGCUGAGGCGGAGACCCGGACGCCGGGGCUCGCUCCAUGGAGAAAUUUGGAGGGCAAGGUCGUGAUGGUCACUGGCGCAUCCUCUGGCAUCGGCCGGGACCUUUGCCUCGACCUCGCCAGAGCCGGAUGCCUGGUCAUCGCGGCCGCGCGGCGGACCGACCGUCUGCGGUCCCUCUGCGAGGAGAUAAAUGGAUCCGGACCGUCGCAGCGCUCCGCCGUCCGGUCGGUGGCGAUCGCGCUCGAUGUGAGCGCGGAUGAGCCGUCCAUCGCGGCGUCCGUGCAGAGGGCAUGUGACGCGUUUGGUCGGAUCGACGGAUUGGUGAAUAACGCUGGGGUUCGAGGUAGUGUCCAUUCACCAUUAGAUUGGUCUGAGGAAGAUUGGAGUAGCAACAUCAGAACAAAUUUGACUGGAUUGUGGCUAGUUUCCAAACAUGUCUGCAAGCACAUGCGGGACGCAAAACAGAAAGGAUCCGUGAUCAAUAUAUCAUCUAUUGGAGGUACUGAACGUGGCCACUUACCGGGAGGAGUUGCAUAUGUUGCAUCAAAGACAGGUGUAAAUGCAGUCACUAAGGUGAUGGCAUUAGAGCUGGGCGGUUUCAAUAUUCGUGUGAAUGCUAUAGCUCCUGGAUUGUUCAGAUCCGAGAUAACUGCUGGUCUAAUGGAGAGAGAAUGGCUGAAUAAGGUGGCUGAAAAAACUGUUCCACUAAGAACAUAUGGCACCUUAGAUCCAGCAUUGACAUCAGUCGUGCGCUUCUUGAUUCAUGACUCCUCGUCGUAUGUUUCGGGCAACAUCUUUAUAGUUGAUGCAGGUGUAACUCUGCCAGGGAUCCCCCUUUUCUCUUCCCUCUGAUAUUAGUUAUUGAGAUGCUGGGUUGUAAUUGCAACUCAAUCAACCUGGUCAUAUUAUUCUACUCUUCCCGCAGCAAAUAAGUCAGAGACACUGUCCGGUGAAUAAUUUUCCCAA